AUGGCCACCACCGGGGCCCUUGGCAACUACUACGUGGACUCAUUCCUGCUGGGCGCCGAUGCCGCGGAUGAGCUGGGCGCGGGCCGCUACGCGCCGGGAGCCUUGGGCCAGCCCCCCAGGCAGGCCGCGGCGCUGGCCGAGCACCCCGACUUCAGCCCUUGCAGCUUCCAGUCCAAGGCAGCGGUGUUUGGCGCCUCGUGGAACCCGGUGCACGCGGCGGGCGCCAACGCGGUGCCCGCGGCCGUGUAUCACCACCAUCACCACCACCCCUACGUGCACCCCCAGGCGCCCGUGGCGGCGGCGGCGCCGGACGGCAGGUACAUGCGCUCCUGGCUGGAGCCCACGCCCGGCGCGCUCUCCUUCGCGGGCUUGCCCUCCAGCCGGCCUUAUGGCAUUAAACCUGAACCGCUGUCGGCCAGAAGGGGUGACUGUCCCACGCUUGACACGCACACUUUGUCCCUGACUGACUAUGCUUGUGGUUCUCCUCCAGUUGAUAGAGAAAAACAGCCCAGCGAAGGCGCCUUCUCCGAAAACAAUCCUGAGAAUGAGAGCAGCGGAGACAAGCCCCCCAUCGAUCCCAGUAACCCGGCUGCCAACUGGCUCCAUGCUCGCUCCACGCGGAAGAAACGCUGCCCCUAUACAAAACACCAAACGCUGGAACUGGAGAAGGAAUUUCUGUUCAACAUGUACCUCACCCGGGACCGCAGGUACGAGGUGGCCCGACUGCUCAACCUUACGGAGAGGCAGGUCAAGAUCUGGUUCCAGAACCGCAGGAUGAAAAUGAAGAAAAUCAACAAGGACCGAGCAAAAGACGAGUGA